AUGUUCGUCGGUUUCCUGAUACUCUGUGAACGAGCAACGAGCAAAGGCAGCGCGAUGUACGCUUACGCGAACGUGACGGGGGACAUCGUGCUGGGCGGAUUGUUCCCGAUCCAUCGCCGGGGCAGCGACGGAAGUAGCUGCGGCGAGAUCCAGCUCGAGGACGGGAUCCAGCCGCUGGAGGCCAUGCUCUACACCCUUGGACGCGUCAACGACGACCAGAACAUUCUACCGGGCGUACGCCUCGGCGUUCUGGCCUUCGACACCUGCGACAAUCCUAGCUACGCCCUCGAACAGGCGUUCUACUUCGUCAAAGGCUUCAUCGCGCGAGAUAACCAAUUAGCAAGUUCUCCGGAGUAUCUGUGCAACGAUGGAACCGUGCCAAAGUUCAUGAACGGAGGAUUCGAGGAUGUGGUCGCGGUGCUGGGUGCUCAAUCGAGCUCUGUCACCAUUCAGGUGGCCUCGGUGCUGGCGUUGUUCUCGGUUCCGCAGAUCUCCUACAUGGCCACGACGCCUUUCCUGAGCAGCAAGGAGAGGUUUCCUCACUUCUUUCGCACGGUUCCCAGCGACGUGAAUCAGGCCCGCGCCAUGUUGGAAAUUCUACGGCGAUUCGAGUGGUCGUACGCGUCGGUGAUCUACUCUGACUCUGAGUACGGCGACCAUGGCUACGAGACGCUGGCAUCAUUGGCGUCCGAGUACUCCGUUUGUUUCACGGGGCCCCAUCGAAUCAGCGAGGAACGGUUCACUGCUGAGGAUUACGACGACGUGGUCCGCACGAUCGCCGAGAAAACGGAGGUUCGAGUGGUGGUGCUGUUCGCGGAAAAGUCCACGACUCUUCGCGUUUUGGAGGCGGCGCGACGCGUGGGCGUCGGCUCGCGGUUCGUCUGGCUGGGCAGCGACUCGUGGCCGGACCGGAAGGACGCCGACAUCGAGGAAGCUUCCGUGUUGGAGGGAGCACUAGCUGUCCAACCUCUCUACGCGCCGCUCGCGGGUUUCGAUCGCUACUUUACAAACUUGACCUUCGAUCACCGGAAGAUCGAUCCUUGGUUUAGCGAGUUCUGGCAAACUUAUCAUAAUUGCGACAUGGACGACAACCUAUCCCCGAGUUCGAAGCAGUCGAGGAUUCGCUGCACGGAUCCCAGGCUGAGGAUCGAGCGGAGCACCGGGUACAAGCAACGGAGGUUUCUCCACUUCGUUCGAGACGCUGUAUACGCCGUAGCGUAUGCCCUCGACGACGCUCGACGCCAUCUUUGCGGCAAAGAUUACAUCGGGGUUUGCAACGAGAUGCGAGCCCUGGACGGGGAACAUUUCGCUAAAUAUCUAGCCAACGUCUCAUUCCAAGACGAAGCUGGACAAGAAUUCGAGUUCGUGAACGCGGUAGAUGGACCACCCAGGUACUCGAUCCUGAACUAUCGACGAACAGCGAACGGUUCCUACCGUUGGGUGGUCGCUGGGAAUUACACUUUGAACGAGCAAGAUCGAGCAGAACUUCGUCUGGAUCGCGAACGCGUCAGGUUUCGAGGCGAUCGUGGCGAUUUCCCUACUUCAUCGUGCUCUCGACCAUGCGACUCUCGUCGUAUAGUGGUCAGAGCAAAGGAGGAUCCCUGCUGUUGGACGUGUCAGAGUUGCAGUCCCUAUCAGUACAAGAAGGACGAGCAGAGGUGCGAGGAUUGCAAGCUGGGCACCAGACCUACCAAAAACGGAACCAGCUGCGAGCCGAUUCCCGAGCAAUUCGUGGACCACUCGAAUCCCUGGGCCAUCGUCGCGAUGGCGAUCGCCGUUUCCGGAAUGGCGCUGACGACGUUCGUUUGCUGGGUGUUUUGGCGGUAUCGAGAGACACCGAUGAUCAAAGCAUCGGGUCGAGAGCUCUCCUUCUUGCUCUUGCUAGGCACCUUUGGAUGCUUCUCGAUCACGUUUGCAGUCGUGGCGAAACCCAGCGUCGAGAGCUGCGCCGUCGUACGAUUCGGUAUAGGAUUCUGUUACACGCUUUGCUACGCGGCGCUCGCGACGAAGAUCAACAGGAUACACAGAAUAUUCAACGAUCCUGGCUCGAGUCCCCGCAAAAGACGGUACACCAGCCCCAGUUCUCAGCUGACGAUCGCCUCGAUCCUCACGCUCGCUGAAAUCCUCUUCGACGCAGCCUGGUUGCUCAAGCAACCACCUGCAGUGAUCCACUCGUAUCCCAUCAGGGACGCGAACUUGAGGAUUUGCAGGGGCUCCGAGAACGGAUCCUAUGUGACUGGUUUGCUCUAUCCAUUCCUGUUGACUGUGGUUUCCACCUUCUACGCGAUCAAGACCAGAAAGUGUCCCGAGGGGUUCAACGAGACCCGUCGUAUCGCUUUUGCAAACUACGCGACCAUCGUUUUGUGGAUGGCGUUCGUGCCCCUUUACUUGGCCUCGACCAGCAACGUCGUCAGGGUGAUCACGUUGGCGCUCUCUUUAUCCCUGAACGGGCUGGUUCAGCUGCUCUGUCUAUUUCUGCCCAAAGUCUACGUGGUGCUGAUCAAACCGGAAAAGAACACCAGAGAGCUGGUGAUGGCUAGGCACGCUGGAUCCUCUCAUCCCACCGCGACGGCCACGCCGGAACCAACCUCGGUUUCACCGUGCCACGUAACCAGAGCCAACUCGUCCUGUUAAUUACAAUU